AUGGAGCAUCGUUUUGAGCCUUAUGAUGAUAAUGGCGGAACGAGUUUGGCUAUUGCUGGCGAAGACUUUUGUGUUGUAGCUUCUGAUACUCGCCAAAGCACUGGCUACAGCAUCAAUUCACGAUUCUCACCAAAGUCCUACAAGCUAUCAGAAACCUCGGUGAUUGCCAUGAAUGGUUUCCAUGCUGAUGGUCUGACAUUAAAGAAAGUUCUUGACCAGCGCCUUAAGUGGUACAAAUUUUCGCAUGACAAGGACAUGUCCUGUACUGCAUUGGCACAGAUGCUUUCAAUUACUCUCUACCAGAAGCGUUUCUUCCCUUAUUACAGUUUCUGCGUUUUGGGAGGUGUAGAUGAUGAAGGCAAGGGCGCUGUGUACUGUUAUGAUGGUAUUGGAUCUUAUGAGCGUGAGACAUGUCGCGCUAGUGGUUCCGCUUCGGCAUUAAUCCAGCCUUUCUUGGAUAACCAAAUCGGGCGCAAAAAUCAGCAAAACGCAGAUAAAACACCAUUGGAUCUUCCUACCGUUAUUGGAAUUGUUAAGGAUGCCUUUACAUCUGCCACUGAGCGUGAUAUCUACACUGGUGACAACCUUCAGAUCUUUGUUAUUCGCAAGGGACAGGAUGUUGAGGUUCUGACCUAUCCUCUCAAGAAGGAUUAA